UCUGUUUCUGUAAGGGAGCGUGCGGCCCUGGUGCUCGCGCGUAACAACUAGAGAGCUGUCAACUCUUUGGAGUUCAUAACUACUUAUCAAAUAUACUAGUUGGUUAAACAACAGCGGGCUUGUUUGACCAGGAAUGGGAGCCAACAACAGCACGCGCCGCGUGUCUUUUGAGUCGGAUGAGAAUGAGAACAUAACGAUAGUGAAGGGCAUAAGGCUCUCAGAGAAGGUCAUCGACCGCAUGAGGGAACCCUCCGGCCCACCACAGCCCCCCACCAGAGCCCCUCCAGCUUCUCCUCCCGUGGUUGAUCCUCUGCCAGCGCUGGUGCCAAUACCUCCUCCACCUGACCCUGUCACUCCCCUUCCAUCUUCUUCCUUGCCAGAGCGAGUCAAACUCCCUGAGCAAGUGAACGCUACUGCACCUCCUCCAGAGCCGCUCAUUCUCCCCCCACCUCCUCCCGUAGCGACAGCACCAGCUGAAUCAGUGGGUGCUGUAUCAGCCCCUGCAGUGUAUGAGUCUGAACUGAGAAGAAAGAUCGCUGAAGAGUUGCAGAAAAGCCUGGAGGAAGAGAGGAGAAAGGCACGGGAGGAGCUCAAGCAACGGCUGGAAAAGGAAAAGUCCCAGGCUCAUGCCGAGGCCCAGGCAGAAGCUCAAGCCCAGGUAAAGGACGAGGUGAGCAGGAUCCUUGCAUUAGAGAAAGAGCAGAGCAUCCAGAAAGCCAUACUGAGAGAAAGAAUCACCGCUGAGGAUGAAAGACUGCAAGCUCAGAUAUAUCAGAUGGAGAGAAAGGCUAGACAGUUAGAGGAGAGAGAUAAAGAGCUCCGGAAGCAGGACGCCUUCUACAGAGAACAAUUGGCCAAGCUAAAGGAAAGGAGUGCCCAGUUCUACAAGGUUACAAAUGAAAACCAUCAAAAGGCAGCAGACGAGGUCAACGCCAAGUUUAAGCGGUAUGAAAUUAGUCCAGUGUGCACCGACCUUCAGGGCCAGAUUCUGAAGUGCUACAGAGAAAAUGCUGGAAAAACUCUGCUGUGCUCCAACAUCGCCUCUCAAUACAUGCAGUGUGUCAACAGUGCAAAACAGGACAAGUUGAGGACUGGAGGUUAAGUCUCUGGGCAGGAAGAGUGGGAGACCUGUUUGUAUCAGUGAUCUCACCGUUUAUCGACUGUUGCCAAGGAAAGACGCCACCCAAAGACACACCUGAGCAGAGCUGAAGCAGAAUCUGCAGUGAAUUGAGAGCUAGAUACCCUUGAACCUUGCUUUUUUUCCUAAACCAGUUUUGCCUUUCUACCUCCUUCCUGUUAUUUCACCUUUAUCCAGUAAAGGGGAAACUGGUAUCCAUUUCUCAAAUGGACAGAAUCAGUAAGCAGCGGCGAUCAUACAGUAGGUGGAACUCAAAGGUUCUGAGCACCUGAACCAGAAAAUGCACCAUUUUUUGGUUCUCAAAGGAUAGCACACAGUGAAGAGAACCUAACUAGACAACAAAUAUUGGCCGCACUAAGCCAUUCUAGACCCAACCACAGUAGAAUCCCAGAACUCUGAGUUGGUCUGGUUGUGUAGUGUCAUCAUACCUGUGAUCCACCCUGCUAACCCACCACAAUCACACUUCCCAUUGCACUAGUCACAUCCUUCAGCUGUUCGUUGUGUUUUUGCGUGUGAUGUUCAUUACCGUUAUUUGUCUCGUCGUUCACACAAAAAGGUCAGGCCUGUUCACCUGGUCUGCUUUAAAGAAUAAACUAUUCAAACCC